CUCUGUGUCAAGUCCCUCUCUUACGCAUUUUUCAAUCACAUAUAUAGCAACAUAGUUGCGCAGAGAAGGAGGAGGUGGAGGGGAAGGAGAGAGGUAGAAAAGAUGUUGCACUCCCAUCUGGGCUUGUCCCUGACUUGCUGUGCCGUCCUUCUUGUUCUGGCUUCUGGGUCGUCCUCGAACUUGCCCAUCAUUUCCUUCGAUGAAGGUUACACCCAGCUCUUCGGAGACAACAAUCUUGCUCUUCACGGAGAUGGCAAAUCGGUCCAUCUCUCUCUAGACGAACGCACAGGGUCUGGGUUUGCGUCUCAGGAUCUUUAUCUGCAUGGUUUCUUCAGUGCUUCCAUUAAGUUGCCUUCGGAUUACACUGCCGGCGUUGUGGUUGCUUUCUACAUGUCUAAUGGAGAUAUGUUCGAGAAGAACCACGAUGAGAUCGAUUUCGAGUUCUUGGGUAACAUUCGGGGAAAAGAUUGGAGAAUCCAGACUAAUAUCUAUGGCAAUGGAAGCACCGGCAUUGGCAGGGAAGAGAGAUAUGGCCUCUGGUUCGAUCCUGCUGAUGACUUCCAUCAGUACGGCAUCCUGUGGACCGACUCUCAGAUCGUAUUUUAUGUGGACAAUGUACCCAUCAGAGAGGUUAAGAGAACAGAGGCCAUGGGAGGCCAAUUCCCCUCUAAACCGAUGUCUUUAUAUGCCACAAUCUGGGAUGGCUCUGGUUGGGCCACAAACGGCGGAAAAUACCGAGUGAACUACAAGUAUGCCCCCUACGUUGCCAAGUUCUCCGAUCUCGUCCUGCACGGCUGCGCAGUUGACCCGAUUGAGCACCAAUCGAGCUGUGAUGGUGUCCCAAGGCAUAAGGCGAUCCCGCAGGGCAUCAGUCCCAGACAGAGGACGAAGAUGGAACAUUUCCGGAAGAAGCACAUGACUUAUUCAUACUGCUAUGACAAGGCUCGAUACAAAGUCCCUCCACCCGAGUGCGUGAUCAAUCCAGGAGAAGCCGAGCAUCUCCGGACUUUCGACCCCGUCACGUUUGGAGAUGGCAGGCACCACCGUCCCAAGCAUCACCGCCAGAGCCGAGCGGACGCCUCCAUGUGAGAGAUUGAACUUCAUUUCACCACUUGCAGCAUUUUAUCUGGUCAUCAUGCCAUGGGAUUCUUCAUGGCUUACUCCACUACCUUUUACCUACAAUUUGAUUAUCAUGCCUGGUCAAGUCAUUUCUAUUUUUGUUUCCUUUACUUUUUUUUUUUGCCUGUGAAUAGAAAGAUAAACAGAGGAAGAGAGAGGGGGUAGUGAAGGGGGCCACACAGAUUCAUCAUUGGAUUAAUGUGGGUUCUUGGGUGGGGGGUAUGUGUAUAGUUUCAUGAUACCAACAGAGUUUCCAGCCAUUGUGUCAUCUCGUAUAUGGACUUGUAUUUUCCCUUUCUUUUUUCGCUGAAUUUGAAGAUUUGUACUGCUAUCUGAGACACCUCAUGGGGUCUCCAAAUAAAUAUACCUUUUGUCC